CUCUCCUCUCCUCCACCGUCUGUACGCCGCCGACAUGGCAGGAGGGUUGCGGAGAAAGCCCCCCGGUCCCCCUUCCCCUCUGUGGGGUAAACUUAACACUCUUUGGCAGGACAAACAUUUGGUUCUGUUCAAGACGGAGUACACGUUCCUGGUGGUUUCGAUCCUGUGGUUCCUGGAGAUUGGGAUCAAUGUGUGGGUCAUACAAAAAGUAGCAUACACUGAGAUAGACUGGAAGGCCUACAUGGAUGAGGUAGAGGGGGUCAUCAAUGGUACCUAUGAUUACACCCAGCUGAAAGGAGACACAGGCCCCUUGGUGUACCCGGCGGGCUUUGUCUACAUCUUCACUGCUCUCUACUACAUUACCAGCCACGGGGUUAACAUCCGCCUAGGACAGUACCUUUUUGCUGCUUUCUACCUCAUCACGCUGUUUCUCGUCUUCAGGAUAUACAACCGCACUAAGAAAGUUCCUCCCUAUGUGUUCUUCUUUGUUUGCUGUGCCUCUUAUCGGAUUCACUCCAUCUUUGUGCUGCGUCUCUUUAAUGAUCCUGUGGCCAUGAUGCUGCUUUUCGCAGCAGUGAACCUCUUCAUGGACGGACACUGGACUGUGGGCUGUUGCCUUUAUAGUUUAGCAGUGUCUGUGAAAAUGAAUGUGCUUCUGUUUGCACCCGGGCUACUUUUCCUCCUGCUGUCCGAGUUUGGUUUUAUCGGGACAAUCCCGAAACUUUCUCUGUGUGCAGGCAUACAGCUUUUGCUGGGCCUGCCUUUCCUCCUGGAGAAUCCCAUCGGUUAUAUGAGCAGAGCGUUUGAUCUCGGUCGUCAGUUUAUGUUCAAGUGGACGGUCAACUGGCGUUUUCUGCCCGAAUGGCUCUUCUUGAAUCGGUACUUCCACUUACUCCUGCUGGCUGCCCACCUGCUCGCCCUGUUACUCUUCGUGCUCCGCCGAUGGAAGAGGCCAGGAGAAAGCAUCUUUGAACUACUCAAGGAGCCAUGCAAAAGGAAAAGCCCUGCACAGAAGAACACCGUGGAUCAGAUCAUUUUGAUUCUUUUCACCUCUAACUUCAUCGGCAUGUGCUUUAGUCGUUCGUUGCACUACCAGUUCUACGUCUGGUACUUCCACACGCUGCCUUACCUGCUUUGGAGUGGGGGAGUCAAGAAGUUGGCCCACCUGCUCAGGGUCCUGAUCCUGGGUCUGAUCGAGCUCUCAUGGAACACCUACCCCUCUACUUACAGCAGCUCAGCCGCCCUCCACAUCUGCCACCUUAUCAUCCUGCUCUGUCUGUGGCUGGCUCCACCCCUUUUGUCUGCAACAGCAGAAUCACAAGAGGUCGCACCUGACAAGGACAAACGGCAGUGAGCAGCAGCCUGAUCAGACCAGUCAAUGUAUUCGGUCAAAUCAGCGGCAAAACAGCCUCCUCCUCUUGUUGACACAACACCGCCAAACAGAGAGGUGACUGGGGUAAACUAUUUUUAAGAUGAAUAUGAGGAGCCAUUUGAUGCUUCUCAUCUCAGUGAAGGAAGCUAACCUGUAGGUGCAUUCGCAGACAGAUGUGAUGAAAAUGGAGUCGACCUUUGCAGCUGUAGAGAUGAGAAGUAAAAAAAAAAAAAAAAUUUCUCAGGUUUAGUUUCAUGGAUAAUAGAAGGAGGAGGACAGUGUGAAUGUUGUGCUGUUUAGGAAGAAUUUGUUACAAAGGUUAUUUCUACCUAUUAUGUUUAAGUAGUUAUCUUGAAGAAUAUCAUAAACAUGACAAAGAACUUGUACUUGGUAUGGAAAGUUUGAAAUAAGUCAUAAAUAUGGCAUUUCCAGCUGCCACAGAAGUUGCAGUAUUCUUGAAUACAACGCCAAAAAAAACCUGAAGCAUUAGUAAUAUAAUUUAACGUGUGUAUAAAACUGAGCUGCAGACAAUCAUGGCUGCACUUCAAUGUGAGAAAUGUGCAGUAGACAGAGCAAAAGUAUGACAUUUUUAUAUUAAACAGAAAUGCCACUUAAUCUUGA